AGUCGCGCUCAGCCGAUCGAACUCGCUCGCUUCCUUUCGCUCUCCUCCGCUCUACUUUCUCACACACUCACACUCACACACACGCGUCUUCAAGAUGCUGAAGCUGGUCGUGAUCUCUGCAGUCUUCGCCUGCGCCCUGGCCGGAGUCAUUCACGAGGACUUUGGCGGUCACGGGGGUGAAUCGGAGACGGAUCAUCAUCACGAGGUGGAGCACAAGCACGCCACGUCGCACCAGAGCUUCAAGGUGCAUCACUACCACCCAGUUCCUGUGUACGUGAAGAAGGAGGACCAGCACUUCCUCAAGCACCCCGUCGAGGUGUCGGGCGUCAAGCACAAGCUCAAGGUCCUCCAUCCAGAGACUGAACACUCGCACAAUCACGGCCUGACCAUCGAGAAUCACAGCGAAUUCGAGGAUCAUAAGCUGCACGGCGGCCACGGUGGCGAUUUCCACGGCUUCAGCCACGACGAGUCAUCGCUGGGCGGCGGCUUCGAGCACUACGGCGGCGGCGGCGAUGAUGGCGAUCACGGCGGCCACGAGUUCCAUGACAUCAACGUGGGCCACCAUCACGAAUAG